CAGUCUCUACCUCUAUAAUCUUCCUACUUCCAGGUCAUUUCCCAAGCACACAGAGGACGACAAUGUCCAUGUUGAAGAUGGAAUGGUUCCUGGCUGUGACUAUGAACGGUGCGAACGUGUUGUCAUCAACGUAAGUGGACUGCGAUUUGAAACACAGUUAAGAACACUUGCCCAGUUUCCAGAUACUCUGCUGGGAAAUCCAAAGAAACGAAAUCGUUACUAUGACCCUCUCCGAAAUGAAUAUUUCUUUGAUCGGAACCGUCCAAGUUUCGAUGCAAUACUCUAUUAUUAUCAAAGUGGGGGUCGGUUACGAAAACCGGUAAAUGUACCUUUGGAUGUAUUUUCAGAGGAAAUUAAGUUUUAUGAACUUGGUGCUGAAGCAAUUGAAAAAUAUCGUGAUGAUGAAGGAUUUAUUAAAGAGGAAGAACGUCCACUUCCUGAGAAUGAAUUUCAACGUCGUGUAUGGCUUCUAUUUGAGUAUCCAGAGAGUUCUACAGCUGCACGUCUGAUAGCUAUAUUUUCUGUGGUAAUAAUUUUACUUUCUAUUGUGAUAUUUUGCCUUGAAACUUUGCCUGAAUUCAAACAUUACAGGCUUGUAAAUGAAACAAUCGAAGAAGAUGAUAUACCAAAAUUUGGAGAACCUUUUUUCAUUAUUGAAACAUGCUGCAUAAUAUGGUUCACAUCAGAACUUAUGGUGAGAUUUGCAUCUUGCCCUGAAAAAAUAGGAUUCUUUAAGAACAUAAUGAAUCUCAUUGAUAUUGUUGCUAUCAUUCCAUACUUCAUUACAUUAGGUACAGUGAUUGCAGAUGAGAAUAAGAGCAACAAUCAGGCAAUGUCUCUGGCUAUUCUUAGAGUUAUUAGAUUAGUUAGAGUUUUUCGUAUAUUUAAGCUUUCAAGACAUUCAAAAGGUUUACAAAUUCUUGGUCAGACAUUGAAAGCUAGUAUGAGAGAACUUGGCUUAUUAAUAUUCUUUUUAUUCAUUGGGGUCAUUUUAUUUUCUAGUGCUGUGUAUUUUGCUGAAGCUGAUGCUGAGCAGACACAUUUUAAAAGUAUUCCAGACGCCUUUUGGUGGGCUGUAGUCACCAUGACAACAGUUGGCUAUGGUGAUAUGCGGCCCAUUGGAGUAUGGGGUAAAUUGGUAGGGUCAUUGUGUGCCAUUGCUGGUGUAUUAACCAUAGCUUUACCUGUUCCCGUUAUUGUUUCCAAUUUUAAUUAUUUUUACCAUAGAGAGACAGAGAAUGAUGAUAAAGACAAAUAUCACCAUGUUACAUCUGCAAUAAACUAUCCAGAAAAAAGGAGUUCAUAUACUUCUGAAAAUGGAUCUGAUAUUAUGGAGAUGGAAGAGGGUAGUGUCAUUAAUGAAAGAAUCAAAGAAAACCAUGCUACCAAAAUUAACAAUCCCACUAACUUAAAUAUGAAUAAUCUCAGUAUUGAAACUGAUGUAUGAAACCUGCCUCUUAUCAAGGAAAGCUUCCCUUACCAUUUGCUUUAUUGUUGAUAUUAUUACCUUCAAAUUGGUUACUGUUUAGUAAUAAUAAUAAAAGUAAUGAUAAUAAUAAUGAUUAUUAUUAUUAUUAAAAGCAUUUUCUUGCCAUCACAACUUCUGAAGAAAUAGUCUCCAAAAAUACAGUUGAUUUUAUUGCUGAUUGAGGAUAAAAAACUAAUAAGUGGAUCUUUAAUGUUUUUAAUUUAUUUUCUUCUAUUUUUGUGUAGGCUAAAACACCUUAAAGUAUCUCUUUAUCUUUCCAAAUUUUAAAUUUUGUAAAUAUUAUUAUUAUUUAUUAUUUUUAUUAUUAU